CAUGAUAUUCAGGAAGGGGAAGAAGGGAAGCUAGCAAAAUAGCAAUGAUUUCUUUCGUCGUCACUAUUGUGUGAACUGCCAGGCUGUUCGAUAUGGAUAUGCCUCGUCUUCAAUGUGUCGGCGGGCGGCCACGCUGCCCACUGUCGUCCAGUAAUCUCCUAUUUGUUUCAUUCACCGGCUUGUGGCUCUCUGCUAAACGACCAGAGAGAUGGCGUCCCUGUUUCAGCAACGCAGACUCCCGGCUCAAGUCUAUCCAUCAUCCAAGGUGUUGUGGUCCCGUGUCUUCGUAUGUAGUCGUACACCCGUCCAUCGUCUUCGCCAAUAUAGAGGCCUCCCACUGGCGAGGCAUCGUUUGUCUUUCUGUCCCAGUUCAACGCGCCUAACCCAACAGGUUCACGAAUGGCUCAGGCCACGAUCCCCAGAGAAAAGGCCGAUCUCCCAACCGGCCAGCCACGGGGGCUAAUAUCUUCAUCUUUCGCCGUUCCUUAUCGACGUCGGC